AUGACUGCGGUUGGUUCUCGACAAAUCGACCCAUCGCAAGAUACUUCGCCAUUUCCUCAUGAGCCUAUUGGGCUGGGCACAUUGCGUGACGUCAGGGAAGAGAGGUUCUAUCAGGGCGGAACCCUCACCGUGUUGACCACAAAUGGUUUACCUCCUUCAAGCCCGCUAAUAUAUGACCCAUAUCCUGAUUACGAAUCUGGUGAAUUUCGCGAUGCGUUCACCGGCCGCUUUCGCCGAUGCCGAGGUCCCUCUGGUCAAAACCUUGAUCGUAGAAGUCCUAGGGACAUGGUCUCUGUUUAUCCAGGAGUUCCAAGAAAUUUCCCCCUUCCAUUGAUCGGUUCCUACGAGGCAAUGGGGCUAGACGCUUGGGUUUGCACAGAUCGUGUUUCACGUCUGAGCCCGUACGGAUACAAUGACGAGCAUCUCACAAGACGAAGACCAGGAGGGAGAGAGAUGCUUUCCUGGGACAACAUCAAUUGGAAAAGGCUUGAAUUAGAGUGUUUGGAAAGGAAUAGCGGCAGAUUCAGUUCAAAUGUCGGAUUGUCAGAACCUAUGCUUACAUUUCCAAUCAGCGCUUCGAUGCCUCCACAUCCGGAUCGUCCCCAGUUCUCAACACAAGGAAAACAACCAAGGUCAAGGUCUGCAAUAAUACUCCGUGCGUGGCACACGAUGGAAUGGACCGAGAACCUCAAGCAACAUAUCCGGUCGCUGAUAAUGGAAACUUCGCUGCAUACAGGCGCCGAGUACGAGGUUUUUAUUCUUCUCCACGUCAAGGAUAAGCAAGUUCCGCUCUACGCGUCCGACGACGAUGCUGUCCGCAAGCUGAGAGAAAAAUACGUUCCUCGAGAGUUUCUUGACAUGACAAUAAUGUUUAACGAUGACACACUUGCGGGGUGGUAUCCAAAGAUAGAAGAGCACAGUCCCGUGCUCCAGUACUGGCAGGCCUCACAGAUCCUUUCGCAGUUGAGGCCAGACUUUGAUUACUUCUGGCAGCUUGAAAUGGAUGCGAGGUUGACUGUUAAUAAUUUUCACUUCUUCGAACGCGCAGAAGACUUUGCAAGGCAACAACCCCGCAAAUAUCUCUGGGAACGGAAUUCAUUUCUAUAUAUACCGGGGACCCAUGGCACCUGGGAAUCUUUCACACGAUUAGUUAACACGGCAAUGGAGGGUCGAACUUCUGUGUGGGGAGCGCAGUUUCCCCCUGGUAUCACGCCAACGGGCCCUAAGCCACCCGUUGACGAUCCUCGGAACGAUGAAUAUGAAUGGGGGGUCGGGGAGGAGGCAGAUUUCCUGACCUUCUUACCAAUUUUCGAUCCAUCAUCGACUGAAUGGCCUUUCGUGGACACGACCUGGAAUAUCAAUGUUCAAGAUCUCCCAAGGCGUGCAUCUCCGGUCGUUAUGGGCCGCAUCUCCAAGAGGUUAAUUACCCUCAUGCAUGAAGCUCUGGCAGACAAAGGAAUAGGCCUUGCUUCAGAGAUGACGGCCCCCUCAUUUGCACUAUGGCACGGCUUAAAGGUGGUUCACGUCCCUCAUCCGAUAUACCUCGACGGCAAGUGGACUCCCAAAGAGUUGGGCCGUAUCCUCAAUCCGGGCACACCGGAGAAAAUUAACGGUGGCUCAGAUAGUAUCUGGAGCUGGAAUCAUCAAUGGGAUCACAUUAUUUAUCGGAUGUCAUAUAUGUUCACUACACAAACAGCCGAGGAUUUAUUCAGGCGGUGGCUUGGAUACAAGAUUGACCCGAAUCAAUAUACUGACGGCUCCUAUCAUCAAGAUCCUCAAGGAAGAAACUGGUUUGAUGGUGGUGAUUUGGUGAGUUCAUCCCGUCAAGCUGACCACCUCUGUAUCUACUUGCUAACUUUUCCCCUCCUUCUUUCUCAUGAUAGAGAGAAGACCUAUAUGGAAAUAUGUGCCUUCCUCCCAUGCUAUUGCACCCGAUCAAAAAUGUCGAUCCCAAAAAAGGUGCAGGCAUGGCAGUCCCAGUCUGAUCUUUUCAAGAUCACGCAUCCGAAAGUAUUGCAAAGAAUCAUUCCUUCACCUCAUGUGGCGGCGUAG